AUGUAUGAACAUACUGUUUUGAAAACAUUAUUUAUCUUUUUUUUAACCUCAAGCAUAAUUUCUCCUACAACAAAACGCUUUAAUAGCGUUUUUAAUGAAGAUUCAAGCAUUAAUUUUACUAAAACGACUGAAGACAAUUUAUUAAGUGGUAAUAAUAUAGCAUACAUAAAUGCUUACAUAAGAAUAUAUUCAUUUCAUUAUAAAAAGAAAAAAUUGUGUGUAAAUGUGCAUAAUAAAAAAUAUAGAUGCAUUUCCUCAAAUGAUGAAUAUAAAAAAGCAUGUUAUAAGUCAUACUGUGCAAAUAUUUCGUUAUUUUGUAGUCAAAAUAAGGAAGUAAAUUUUAUAUAUAGAAGAUUAAUUUAUAAUGAUAUUAAUUUUGAAUGUGAAGCACAAAGUUUUUGUGUAAAUUUCUUUGACUAUAAAUGUUUGUAUAGAAUUAAAAAUCCAUGUCUAACACUACAACAACCAAUUAAUAAAUGCAAAAAAAAAGAUAAAAUAACUACUUUUUUUAUAUUCAUAUUUGUAUUCCGAAAAUCACUUUGCAUAAAGAAUAAUAUACAAAAUAUAAAAAUACGGUGUGAUAAAAGUAUAGAACUAUAUAUAGAAGAUAUGUUUUUAAAAACAUGUGAUUAUCAUAUUCCAAAUAAAAAAAAAAAAUCAAUGAAUUUUAAUAAAAUUCAUAAAAAUUAUGAAUAUUUUGAAGUUCAUUCUGAUAAAUGGAGAUUAAAAAAAAAAAAUAGUUAUAACAUCCACAACAAUUUGCAUGAUAUUUAUUACAUUUUUUAUAAAAUUAUUCAGAAUAAAUUUCACAGUAGUUUAAAGAAUAUUUAUAAUAAUAUUCCUUAUACUAUUUACGAAAUAUCUCAUCUAUUUUUUCCCCCUUUUUUUAGAAGUAUGAAAAUAAAAAAGAGGUUAAUAGCAGAUGCUGGGAACGAUGAUGAUUUAGAUGGGGAUAUUGAGGAUGAAAACGAUGAGAAAUUAGUAAAUCAAAAAUUUCAUAGGGCAUACUCAAAAAAUAAUACUAUACAAUAUUUUAAAUGUUUUUUAGAUAAAGCUGCAGAAAAUGUAAAUGCAGAUAAUGAAUUAUUAAGAUGGAUUAAUCCUGUUACCAACUCAUGUUAUUGCAGUGAAGAAAACUCAGAACCUUGUUCAACAAAUGAUAUUACUGACGCUAAUUUUGUUAGUCAAUUGAUGGACAGUGAUUUUUGCGAUGUAAAACAUAAUCUAAAUGUUAAAGAUAUAUUUAUUGUUUUAUCUAAUUCUAAAAAGUUACGUUGUGAAAACUCAAAUAAAGUAGAAAACAUUGCACAGAAAGAAUUAUAUAAUUAUUGUAAAUAUGGAUUAAAAAGUUGGCAUAAUAAUAAUUUUUAUGAUUAUAUGAAUUGUGAUACUGUAAGAAGUGAUGAAGAAAAAAAUAAGGGUGCAUGUAAAGAAAAAUGCGAGCAAAUGAAAUUAUUAUGUAAUGAAAAUUCUCAAUUUUAUUCGUUUGAAAAUUGUAAAAAAUAUUAUGAAAAAGAUUCUAAUAUGCAACUUAUAUAUACAAAUAAUUUUAAAUUUUUUGAUGAGCAUUGCAGUUAUUAUGAUUCUUCCAAUAGGGGAUUAGUUUUAUGUAAACAUAAAAAUGUUGAUUGUGACUUCAGUGAAUGGUCUGGAUGGUCAAAAUGUUCAAAAAGUUGUAGAGACAAUGAUUAUGAUUUUAAUGCAGUACAAAAAAGAACACGAUUCCUUCUUAAGGCAGCUUUAUAUGCAGGAAAGUCUUGUAGUGUUGUUGUAAAUGAUAAUAACAAAUUAGUAGAUAUUAGAUUUUGUUCAGAGUUACCUUAUUGUGAUCCGGAUUUAAACAUAGAAAAAGAAGAUAGAAUUCCUCCCUUUGUUAUUCCUUUAAAAGAAAUUGAAAAAGCAAAUACGUUAGAUGAUUUAAAUGAUGAUGAUAAUGAAUUAUUAAAUGAAAACUUCUUAAGUAAUGGAUCAGAUAUGCUAGUUGAUUGUGUGGUAACUGAUAUGUAUAAACAUGAAAAUUCAAUAGGUUAUAACGAAAAAAUGAGGUCGUGUUCUUGCCCUAGCUAUGAAACUCCAUGUUACUUUAAAGAUAUAUAUAAUUCAAAAAAUUGGAAACCUUCCUUAGAAAAAUUAUGUCGAACAAAUCCUAAUAUAAAUGUUUUAACAGCGGAUUAUGUUAUGAUUGGAUGCGAUAUGUCAAUUAGCUUUAAAAAAAAGGAAGUAGCUGUUAAUACAUAUUUAGCUAUGACAUUUGAUUGUCAAUCCAGUUUAUUCCAAUAUUUAUUUUGUUCUAAAUUCAAUGAGUCCACUAGGGUCAAUUUUAUUUAUAUAAUUAUUACUUGUAUAUUUGGUGGUAUUUCAGCUUUAUAUGUAAUUCAUUUAAUAAUUAAUAAUAGUGGAAAAUUUAAAGUAAUACUUGGAUUAAACGAAAAGAAACAAUUAGAUAAGCAUUCAGACGAAGAAAGCGAAAAUGAGGAAGAUGAUGCAAAUGAUGUUAAAGAAGGUGAAAAAAAUAAUAUGACUAAUGAUCAUACUAUUGUAAAUAAUGAAGAUAUCCUAUUAAAAAUGAAAAAAGAAGAAAAAUAA